AUGGACGAAGACGACGGUUUGUUGUUAAAUUUUGCAGUUCCGGAUGUUUCGGUGUCACUGGGCUCGAACAAAAGAACAACUUCCAAAGUUACCGGUGGAAAAUGGAAAGAUCGUCGUAAACUUCAGCUCUCAUUACAAGGAAGAGGAAGAAACCAAAAGAAAGACAGAUCUGCCACCGGAAAAGACGAUGGAAAAAAACACGAAAAUGAUGAAUCAAAUGAUUCUAAAAAGAGACCUACUAUUGAGCCCAUUCAUGGCCCUACUUCCAAGAUGAUCAAGUUUUCUGAGUCGAAGGGGGAAUUUGGUGGAAAGAACAAUUCGUAUGUAUCAUCAUUGUUCACAUCCAAUCAGAGCAGUUCACAGUUAAAGGUGACGAAAGAAUCAGACGAAAAAACAUAUUUACCAUCUAAUGCUCCUGUUGAAGAUGCAUCUACUUUUGAAGGGUUGGGUAUCAACGAAAGACUUUCUAAGCAUUUGACAGAAACUUUACGAUUCAAAAAUCCUACCAAAGUACAAAAGUCGGUCAUCCCAACCAUGCUUUCUACAGAGAGAGAUCUUUUCAUCAAGGCUCAGACUGGUUCUGGUAAAACAUUGUCUUUCCUCUUGCCAAUUUUCCACAAGCUUAUGAUGGAAAACAAGCAUAAGAUAAACAGAGAUUCUGGUUUAUUUGCUGUGAUUCUUACCCCUACUAGAGAGUUGGCAACUCAAAUCUAUGGAGUUUUGGAAACUCUCACAAGAUGCUACCAUCACAUCGUUCCUGGUAUUGUUAUAGGAGGUGAAAAGAAGAAGUCCGAAAAGGCACGUAUCAGAAAGGGAGUUAAUAUCUUGGUAGGAACUCCUGGAAGAUUGGCUGACCACAUGGAAAAUACCGAAUCUUUGGAUAUCAGCCAGUUAAGGUGGCUCAUUCUAGAUGAAGGUGAUAAGUUGGUUGAAUUGGGCUUUGAAGAGACUAUAACCAAGAUCACCAACUUGAUUACAAGAAACUCUCAGAUCAUGGAGUCGAUGCAUAAAUGGCAGGGAUUGCCUGUUAGAAGAAUCAACUUGUUGUGUUCCGCGACGAUGCAGAAUAACGUGGAAAAGUUGGGUAGUAUUAUCUUGAACAACCCAGAAAUGAUCAGUGACGGCUCUUCUUCUGGAAAGCACUCAGAAGAGGUGACUGCACCAGACCAGUUGAUCCAAAACGUAGUCGUGGUACCUCCAAAGCUAAGACUCGUUACCUUAAGUGCUAUCCUCAAGAAGAUUUCAUCAGAUAUGAGUGGAACUAACAACUCCACAAGAACUAUUGUCUUUUUCUCGUGUUCUGACUCUGUCAAUUUCCAUUUCGAUGUGUUCACUAGAGGCGGAAAUACCUUCAAGAAGGUCAAAAAUGAUGAGUCUGGAAAAUUAGAAACUGUAGAAGUAGAAAAUGACACUCCUUUGAUUGGACAAGGCACUGCCGUCUAUAAGCUUCAUGGCUCAUUAUCGCAACAGACUCGUACUUCUACCUUGCAGGCAUUUAUUAAGGACAGUAAGUCGAAUCAUUCUAUUCUUUUCUGUACUGAUGUAGCAUCGCGUGGAUUGGAUCUACCAAAUAUUGCAUCCGUUAUUGAAUACGAUCCUCCAUUUACAAUUGAUGAUCAUUUGCAUAGAAUUGGUAGAUCGGCCAGAGUUGGUAAGGAGGGUACAGCUACGUUGUUCUUGUUGCCUGGCAACGAAGAAGGAUAUGUAGAUGGUAAAUUGCAAGUAGUUCAUCCUAAGGAAGGUAACUUGAGAAUUGUAAAUUACGAGAACUACUUGAAAGAUGGCUUCUCUGCCAAGUCUAACAACGAAGAUACCAAGAAGAAAUCCAAGGACCCUAAGAGCAGAGAAGGAAAGUGGGAUAUUCAUGCCACCACAUGGCAUCUUGACAUUGAAAGAUGGUUGUUGGAGGAUUCUGGCGCCCACGACAAGGCAGUGCAAGCUUUCACGUCGCAUAUCAGAGCAUAUGCUACCCACUUGUCGUCAGAGAGAAACUAUUUCAAUGUCAAAUUGUUGCAUUUGGGCCAUUUGGCUAAAAGUUUCGGUUUAAGAGAAACACCAAAGAAGUUGGGUAAAUCUGUUGAAUCCAACAGUGGCAUCCAGGGAGCAUCCAAGAAGACCAAGAAGGAGGAUCCCAGAAAGAAAAUGUUGAGAAUGGCAAAGAUGGCUCUCAAGUCCAACAGUGAUGAAUUUAACUACUCAUAG